CAAAGGUGUCUCUGCUCUGUGGACCCACACAACAAAACAGGGGUCGUGGAAUUCCUCCUCCUGGGACUCUCCGAUGACCCACAAGUCCAGCCUCUCCUCUUCUGCCUCUUCCUGUCCAUGUACCUGGUCACCAUCAUGGGGAAUCUGCUCAUCAUCCUGGCCGUCAGCUCCGACCCCCACCUGCACACGCCCAUGUACUUCUUCCUCUCCAUCCUGUCCAUGGCUGACAUUGGCUUUACCUCCACCACGGUACCAAAGAUGAUUUGGGACAUUCACACUCAGAGCAGAGCCAUCUCCCAUGCCGGCUGCCUAAUGCAGUUUUCACUCUUCUAUCUUUUUGCUUAUUUGGAUAGUUCCAUUCUAACUGUGAUGGCAUAUGACCGUUUUGUAGCCAUCUGUCACCCCCUGCACUACCCUGUCAUCAUGAACCCCCGCCUCUGUUUUCUGCUCCUUCUGGCAUCUAUUUCUGCCAGUAUUUUGGAAUCCCAGAUGCAUUGCCUGAUGAUAUUACUGCUCACCUUUUGUGCUCAUGUGGAAAUCCCUCAUUUCUUCUGUGACCCCACUCAACUCCUGAGGCUUGCCUGUGAGGACACCUCCACUGACAGGCUACUGAUGUAUUUUAUUGGUGCUAUCUUUGGUGGUGUUCCAGUCUCAGGGAUCCUGUACUCUUAUACGAGAAUUGUGUCCUCAGUGUUAAGAGUCUCCUCCACUGGGGGGAGGUCCAAAGCCUUCUCCACCUGUGGCUCUCACUUGACCGUUGUUUGUUUAUUUUAUGGGACAGGUAUUGGGGUUUACCUCAGCUCAGCUGUCUCCCAUUCUACCAGACAAGGUGCUCUGACCUCAGUAGUGUACUCCAUGGUGGUCCCCAUGUUGAACCCCUUCAUCUACAGCCUGAGAAACAAGGACCUCCAGAGAGCCUUCCAGAAAUUUCUCAGUAGGACAACUUAA